CCCGAUUUAUUCCGGGCCGGGCGCACAGGCGGCAAGGACCCGCGCCGGCCACAGCAUGCAGGAACCCCGCGUGCUGGCCGCGCUCUGCGGCGCGCUGCUCUGCGCCUCCGGCCUCCUGGCCGCCUCGGGUGACUUCUGUGACUCCAGCAUGUGCCUGAAUGGUGGGACCUGCUUGUUGGGCCAGGACAGUGUCUCCUCUUACUGCCUCUGCCCUGAGGGCUUCACUGGCCUCCUUUGCAAUGAGACUGAGAAAGGUCCCUGUUCCCCAAACCCUUGCUACCACAAUGCUGAGUGCCAGGUGGUUGACAGCUCCCACCGAGGGGAUGUGUUCACCCCGUAUGUCUGUGACUGUCCUCGGGGAUACGCGGGCAUCCACUGCGAGACGAACUGCAUCAGGGGGCUGGGCAUGGAGGGGGGCUCCAUCGCUGACUCGCAAAUCUCCGCCUCGUCCCUAUACUUGGGCUUCAUGGGUUUGCAGCGCUGGGCUCCGGAGCUGGCCCGGCUGCACCGCACGGGCAUUGUCAAUGCCUGGACGGCCAGCAACUAUGACAGAAAGCCCUGGAUCCAGGUGAACCUCCUUCGGAAGAUGCGGGUGUCAGGCGUGGUGACGCAGGGCGCCAGCCGCGCAGGCAGUGCCGAGUACGUGAAGACCUUCAGAGUGGCCUACAGCCUCGAUGGACGCAAGUUCCACUUCAUCCAGGAUGGAGAGGGCUCUGGGGACAAGGUGUUCGAGGGUAACAUGAACAACAGCGGCCUGAAGCUCAACCUGUUCAGCACCCCGCUGGAGGUCCAGUAUGUGAGGCUGUACCCCGUGGCCUGCCACAGGGGCUGCACCCUGCGCUUUGAGCUCGUGGGCUGUGAACUGAACGCAGGAUGCUCCGAACCCCUGGGCCUGAAGGAUGGCACCAUCCCCGACAGGCAGAUCACAGCCUCCAGCAGCUAUAAGAUGUGGGGCCUUCGAGCCUUCAGCUGGUCGCCCUUCUUCGCGAGGCUGGACAAUCAGGGCAAGUUCAACGCCUGGACAGCACAGAGCAACUCUCCCAAUGCCUCUGAGUGGCUGCAGGUUGACCUGGGCUCCCAGAAGCAGGUGACGGGGAUCAUCACCCAAGGCGCCCGUGACUUUGGCCACAUCCAGUACGUGGCUUCCUACAAGGUGGCCUACAGCAACAAUGGUGUCAACUGGGUUGAGUACAAGGAGCCAGGGGCUGUGGACAGCAAGAUCUUCCAAGGCAACUUGGACAACAACUCCCACAAGAAGAAUGUGUUUGAGACGCCCUUCUUGGCUCGCUAUGUGCGCGUGCUGCCUGUGUCCUGGCAAAACCGCAUCACCCUGCGCCUGGAGCUGCUGGGCUGCUAGCAUUUGCCCCGCAGGUCAGACCUGAGGGACCUAAGUGACCACAGGGCUGCCUCUCCACACCCUGCCUCCUGCCUGCUGCAGCCCCUUGUUCCCCUUCGGGCCUUAGAGGAGGCACCCAAGGCUGCCAUCGUCCCUCCCCUUUCCUUCCAGCUCUACAGGCCUCCCCUUCCCAGGGCCUUCGAGGGUCGGUCUGGGAUUCACUGGGAUGCACGCUGAGUCAGGUGUGUGGCUUUUCGGCACCUCCACGGAUCCCAGGCCCCCAGCUCUGGGUUGACUCUAGAGGGGCCUCUGGGCUUCCCAAGCCCCUUGCUGCAGCACACCACAUUCCCGAGUCCCCAGAUGGAGGCCCGUGUCCCCAGACAGCAGAGUCCUCCCACCCCCCAGGUGCCGGGCCAGCGAUUGCAGCCCGGGGCAGAUGCUGCCAGCCAGCUCUGCGCCUCCCCGACACGUCUCCUUAUCUCGCCAGAGACCCCUCUUGACCCUGUCCCUAGGAAGAAGACGGAGGGGGUGCUGGGUCUGUGGAGAGACAGGAGACUGGAGCCAGCCUGGCGGUGAGCGGGAGGCUGGCUGGGUGGGCAGGGGUCUCUGUGCUGUCCCCUCACCCAGGCCACGGGCAGCUUCCCAAAUAUAUUUGUAUUCACCACUGGAA